UCGAUGUGUAUUUUAAUUUUAUUGGUUGGUAGAGUAGAAAUUUAAGGAAAUUUAUUAUUAUUACGAUUAUACAUUUGAUUAUGAUAUUAUACGCAACUCUGACUCAACUCAAAUCAUGUUAUUAUAAGUCAUAAUUGCGCGGUUUUUAUCGAUGCAUCGAGAUCAUUUUAAUUUACUGGACUGCAGUGAAUGUUAGAUAUCAUUUGAUACAUUCUUACAAAUUUGAAGAAAUUCUACGAUAGAUAUUCAACAAAAACAAUAACAUUAAAAGCUCAAUUCAAUGGGUUCAGUUUCCAGUACACAAAAGAUCAUGCCUGCAACACGAGAAAUGGUCGAUCAACUGAUCGCUUCAAAUCAAAUUGUUAUAUUUUCCAAGACGCGUUGUCCAUAUUGUAAAAUGGCAAAACAAGUAUUUGAUUCAUUAAAAAAAGAAUAUACUGCUAUUGAAUUGGAUGAAAGGGACGAUGCAGAAGAAAUCCAAUCAAUAUUGGGAGAAAUGACAGGUGCAAGAACAGUUCCUAGGGUAUUUGUUAAAGGAGAAUGCCUUGGAGGAGGUACUGAUAUAAAGAAACUUUAUGAUAGCGGAGAAUUACAGAAUAAAUUUUAAAUUAUUGGUAAAAAACAUAUAUCUGAUACAUCUAUUUACCAUACCUAUAACUGUGGUACUUAUAU